AUGCUUCGUUGUCUUGCAUUGAUCUUAAUUGUUCUAGCUGUGGUAAACUGCCACAGUUCUCUCCGAAAUGACUACAUUCGUGCAAGAGCUCGCGCAUCGAUACGGAAACCAUUGAAGGAAUCGGUUGCCACUCAACGCGUUGUGGCAAUUAAAGCUGGUGAAACAUCUCCGGAAACACAUGCUGAUCUCUUCUUUCCACCAUUACCUGGUCAACCAAAUAACGACUUUCAUCCACAAUUACGUCAUUUGCCUUCCGGAAACGAAACACUCUACUACUAUUCAUGGCAUAUCCAUGUAUAUUUCUUUCAUGAGAACGUCAAUGUUACAACACGUGCCCUUGCCAUACGUCAACAAUUUAUGAGCUAUUUCAAUAUUGAAAAAUGUCUCGGCAACUGCUUUAUGGGAGGUAUCUUCGACAAUUGUACACGCAUGUGCGUAUGGGAUCCAGUUAUGGGUGUCGACGGUCCACAUCCAUAUGGACAAUGGGGUGUUUAUUUACCAAAUGAAUUGUUGAUGGAUACACUUUCAUGGAUGUCAGCGAACCAUGGCGAAUUUGAAGUGUUAUUCCAUCCAAACACCGGUGAAAUGGUUGGCGAUCAUGAUAGUCAACGUCGAGCCAUGUGGAUUAAACAAACCGUACCGCUUGAUUUAGAUUUCUUGAGAUGGUUACAAUGCAAAUGGUUCGGAUGCAGCGAAGGUUUUUAA